AUGGCUCCGAGCGUGCUCUUGGGCUUGCCUGGCCCAUGGGCCAAGGACGAUCGUGAGCCGUCCGAUCACUAUACGACCAAGAUCGGCGGCUUACCUGACUGGCCCCCUUGGGCGGAUCACCCGCCACCGCAUCUGCUGCACUGCGCGCUCUGCCAUGGGCCACUCUCCCUCGUGCUGCAGGCCUAUGCCCCGCUCUCCCUUCCCGCAGCAGCAGACAGUGCAGCAGCAGGGGUGACACGUGGCAGCCUGCAAGUGGAGGAGCGGGUGCUGUACAUGUUUGCAUGCGCCAAUGGGGGAAGAGAGGGGGAGAAGGAAGAAAGCGGGGGAACGGGGGGGGAUGCUGCCUCCGCCCUCCCCCCAUUUGGGGACCUCUCCUCUGUGUUUGGGGACGUGGUGGUGGGGGGAAGCGCGGGCGCAGGGCCGGAUGGGGAGGGGGAGGAGGGGGAAGGAGAGGGCCAUGUGCAGCUCAGGCUCAAGGGUGAGGCACUGUGGGCGGGGUGGGUGAGAUGCACGGUGAGGGGGGGCAUAUGGAGGAAUCAUGGUGGGAGGAGCAUGGUGGGGGGAAGCAUGGUGGGGGGAAGCAUGGUGGGGGGAAGCAUGGUGGGGGGAAGCACGGGGGGGGGGGGGCGGCGCAUGGCGGGGGGGAAGCAUGGCAAGGGGCGCAUUGAAGGGGGGCAUGGCAGGGGGAGCAGUGGGGGGUGGAGGGGGGGUGGGCAUGCAGAGGCCUUGCCGGUUUUGAGCCUUCCCUGGUGGCGGAUCAUCCGCCUGCAGCAGCUUCCCUCCCAGCAACCGCCGCCACCACCAGAACAAACGGCACGAGCAGCAGCAGCAGCAGCAGCAGCAGUGGCAGCGUCAUCAUGGGGGGAUGCAAGUUCGUGGGAUGCAUGCAGCACAGCAACAGGAGACAGCUGGGGGCUCACACCCCCACCCUCAGAUGCUUCAGGUGCCCCUUCAGGUGUCACUUCAGGUGUCACUUCCACAUCAGGUUCGGAGUGGGGUGUAGCAGCAGGAGGAGAGUGGGGCACUGGCACCGGAGCAUGUGACAGUAACGAGUUGGGGUCCCCAGUGGUAACCCCCCCGCUUGCAUCUCUUGAUGCUCUCUCCGCGUCCCUCAGUGCUGCCGCUGCCAAGGCUGCUGCUGGCACUGCUGGGGAGUCCAAUGCAGUGGGGAAGAAGGAUAAGAAGGCAGCUGUAGGCAGGGAAGCAUCGGCAGGAGGAGCAGCAGGAGCACAGGUGGCAUGCUCAAAUCUGGGUGCUCUGCGGGUGCUACCAUGCUUCUACGUGUUUUCGGAGGAAGAGGAGGCGACAGGCAGAGGCAGAAGCAGGGCAGCAGCAUCAGCGGCAGCGGUGCCUGGCUCAAGAGAUGGGGCGGAUGGGGUGGCAGCGAUGCAGGUGGAGGGGGGUGCGGGGGAGGGCGAGAAGUGGGAGGGGGAGGGGUAUGAGUACGACCAGGCGCGCACCGUGGGGCGCCCGUACCUGCGCUUCAAGAAGCGCCUCGACAAGCAGCCCCAGCAGUGUGUCAGGUACCGCUUCAACGGCCACCCCAUCUGGCCCUGCGCUCCGCCGCCCCUCCUCCCAGAGGCAUCCCGAGCCUGCCCUCUGUGCCACGCCCCCCGCGUGUUUGAGUUACAGCUCAUGCCGCCGCUGCUCUUCUACCUGCUGGAGGCUCUCAGGGAGCGGCAGGAAGGGGAGGGUGAGGGCAGUGGGCAGGGUGACGGGGGAAGGAGGGAGGUGGGGUAUGGGGAGGUGGCGGAGUGGGAGUGGAUGACUGUUGCUGGCUUCACUUGCUCGCAGGUGAGAGUGGUGGUCUGGGAGUGA